AUGCACGACAGAUGUUUCAUAUGCGGAAAGCUGUAUAACAUAAAUUUGCGGAUUUCAUUAUAUAUCGAUGAAUUUAUCAGCAGCAGUAGCAGCAGCAACAACAGCAGUUUAUCAUAUGCACCAUUCAAUCCGUCACUGAAUGGUGGAGAUCGACGAUACCCUGGUGUUAAAGUUCGUUUUAACCAUCGUGCCUUCAAGUACGCCACUUCUUUGUUCGGAACCAUAGUGAACAGCGAAAUUCAACGAGCGCGUAUCCCAGCAUUCACGCACUGUACACCACAGGUCAAUGGCUGUGUUACGGUUUAUAACCUAUUCGUCUCGAGAUACAGAUGCCCACAGCGCGUCAUCGUUUAUCCAGCACCACCGAAUCGUUUUAUAAUAACAGUUCAAAACUUGGAUAUCGGAGUUACGGGUAAUAUUGGAGGUCAGAUUGAAAUUUUGCUUCCAAUUGGACUAAGCGGUAUUGCACAUACGAAUGCUCACCAGGUUUCGGUAACUCUUCAAACAGUUUUGGAACGUUCACAGAAUGGAGCAUCUCAAAUUCGAGUUGUUGGAUGCACAGCACAAGUCGGAUAUGUGGAUGCGUUCAUUGAAAACGGUGGUAUUAUCGGUGAUAUUAUUAACACUCAAUUUCGGGCCAAAAUUUCGAGACAAGUUCAGUCAGUACUUCCAAAGAAAAUUUGCGAGUCAUUACCGAAAAUUAUUAUGGAUCGCAUCAAUCCAAGACUGCACCAAAUACCCCAAUCAAUUCCGUUGACGCAAAUUACGUCAUUAGCUAAUGGUUUCAUUGGACGCAUCAAAAAACCAUUGCCACAACGUGUAAAUUUUAAUUUCACCUUUCAUUUAUCUACUCUUUUAUUGUCUGUUCUACUUCUUGAUGCUACCUGUCUACAGCGACAAUGCCAGAAGCAAUCUUCGAAUCGUUCUAAAAAAUCACAACAAACUGAUAACAGCGCAUCAUCUAACCGUUCGGGAACAAAAUUUCAGGGUAGUGUCCGGCAGGCUGUUCAGAUAACAGUGAUACCGAUCCAAUGCAUGCAAUCCAAGAUGUUAUCAAACUUCUUGACAUGUUUUUCAUUUCAGAAUAAACUUUCGGGUAUCUCUCUGAAUUCCCAGUUUCAUGGCGCCUAUGCAACACCAAAUGAUUAUACAAUCGAACUGAAUGGUGAAUUCUAUGGGAAUGGUCAAGGCCAUGCACCGUUCUAUGCGUUUCCGAUGUACCCUCCAUUACCAAGUCCCAAUAAUCCAAUGGUGGAUGCACUCCUCAGUGACUUCACUAUUAAUUCACUUGCAUAUCAAUUGCAAAAGUAUGUUUCUCGAGGUUUCAUAUCGUUCAAAGUGGGACCUGAAACACCAAAAGUUGGAGCACUUCUUAAGACGACCUGCUCUGAUGAUGAAUAUGAUGAUACGAGCGUUGAAUUCUUGUCGUAUAGAAACUUAAUGAAUAGUGAAGAAAUAGUGUCUUUGUUUGUGUUGCAGCUGGAUGAGGAGAGUGAGGAUGAUUUUGAUGGGACCGAAGCGAUCGCAUCGGAAGUAGAUUCAGAUGUUGCUGCAUCAAUGAAUGUUUCCACGAGGCAUAUCCGCAAACGUCAAGCCAAUAAUAACGAUGAAAAAAUUGAAUCUAUCGAAGAGUUUGAAACUGAAUCUACUGGUGGUUUAGCUGAUCUUGGCAUUUGCAUUGGUGAUAUAAUGCCAGCUAUUCGUGAGGCGCAUCCCAAUAAGAAUCUUACGAUUCAAGUUCAUACAGCCCAAGCGCCAUCUGUCAUAUUCGCUUCUAAAAAUGGCGGUACCGCGACAAUCGAUCUGCUUGCUGAUGCAGAAAUUUAUCUUGAUGAUGAAACGCGUGAAAAAGUUGGCACAAUACAAGUGAGGACCGUAAUUGAAUGUACGAUUCGAUCCAGUGGGAAUCGUGUGGCUGGUACAGCACAACUGAAGGUAUUGAAGUUGAAGGAUCCUGGAGGAACACUUGGGCUCUCACAGGAUACGUUCGAUAAUUUGGCGAGUCUCGCGAAGGGAUUCAUCUCAAAGAUGGCUAAUGAUGCUCUGAAGGAUGGUUUCUCGGUUGACUUACCAACAUCAACAUUACCAAUAUCAAUUUUACGACCACAUUUACGUAUUGUCGAUCAUGCCAUCUUGCUUUCGGCCGAUCUUUUCAUCAAACCAUCGUUACUAGAUCUUGAUUCGGCUAUCGACAGCAAUGCCAUAUGUAGAACUUAUAACUGA